AUGGGCGGUGUCUUAUCCGGACCUCCACCGAAAGUGACGCAGCGCGUGUUCUUCGACGUCGCCAUUGCCGGGAAACCGACUGGGAGGAUCGUGAUGGGCCUUUACGGAGAGCACGUUCCCAAGACGGUUGCCAACUUCGAGGCGUUGUGCAGGUGCGACAAGGGCGCCCCACUGUGCUACCGCGGCUCGCCCUUCCACCGUAUCAUCCCUGGAUUCAUGGUCCAGGGCGGGGACACCACCAAUGGCAAUGGCACCGGCGGGGUGUCCAUCUACGGCGGGCGUUUCGAAGAUGAGCAGUUCGGAGUCUCUCACAACAAAGCCGGCCUGUUGAGUAUGGCGAACGCUGGGCCAAACACGAAUGGCUCCCAAUUCUUCAUCACCACAGCGCCUGCCUAUCACUUGGAUGGCAAGCAUGUCAUCUUCGGCGAAGUGCUAGAAGGAGAGCAGGUGGUCAAAGCUCUCGAGUCUCAUGGCACUGGCUCUGGGCGCCCCACGCAGAAGGCGAUUAUUGCCAAUUGCGGCGUUGUGCCGGACAUCGAGUGA